UGUGUGGACAUGAGUCAGACAGGUAGAUCAAUAUGAUAAGAUGGGCGCGCGCACUCUUGGACAAACGAGCGAAGUAUCGUAAUGGGUUCAGCAGGUGGAGCCCUGAGACCGGACUGGUUCCGUUUACUGUUCCUGAAAUGAGAUGAACGUGAGGUUGACACAGCCGCUCAACAACAACUCCGCUUCAAGUUAGCUUCAACAAUGCGAUAGUUAGACAGAUGAAGUCAACAACUCUCACUUACUUUUUAGUCUUGUCUUCAAUUAUAGAUUCGCAUCGCUGAGGCGUGUGUGAGUGUAUGUGUGAGAGAGAAGUUAUCCAUCUUUUUGGAGUUGUAAAGACAUUUCAUUAGCCUGUAUCAACAACUUUUUUGGUCAAGAGUGCUGUUGGACCAUUCAAGAGGAACACAUGUAUCGCAAAAUUGGUGCACAUGUUGCUCACUUGUUGCAUUUUAUUCGCUAAUUAAUAUCAGUGUGGAAUACGUCAUUCGUCAAGAUGGUAGAAAACUGAUCGCAAAUGUGUCAAAUAGCCUAGAGUGGAUGUGCAAGUUCCUUGCGAGGCUUCGUCACCACUCCGGCCGGAGUGGCCCAUGGACCUGCGUACCCAGAGGUUGGUGCGUCCCGAGCCUGACUCGGUUAUGCUGGCACCCCACCACUCCCUCUUCCUGGGAGCCUUCUCAGCCCAGCACUGUUCCCAGGACUCCCAGAAGCACCUGCCACAGCACAUCCACUACGCGUAUGACAUGGAGCAGAGUCGCCAGGAGAAAGAGCAGGACAAGAGACAGGAAAUAAAGCAGCUGAUGUAUAAGGAUAAGAGUGAGCAAAGUGCUGUGGCCAGUCCCCUGGUGAAACAGAAACUCAGAAGCCAAAUCCUGAAGAGGAAGGAGCAGGCCACCCUGGAGAAGACCGCUUCCAACCCCACCAGAAACGCACCCAGGGGUUACAGGGAACUGGCCCCAGAUCCUGACAUGCCCCCAAAGCCUCACGUGGUGACCCCUGUUGUCCAUCAUCCACCAUCUGACCAACGCAAGGACACGCCCCUCAGAAGAACAGCUUCUGAUCCCCUCCUGAAGGUGAGAAGUAAACAGAAGCACAUCAACUCCAGACAGAACCCUCUCCAACGCAAGACCAACGCCCGGCCCACAGUCAAGCCCAGAAUGCCGGAUACUCUGGACUCCUCCCCCAGCAGCAGUACAAGUAGCACUCCAGUGUCUGGGUGCAGCUCGCCCAAUGACAGCCUUCUCUCGGACAGCCCACUUACUACCGGACUAACCCACGUGGCUCAGAGGUUGCUACUCCAGGAUGGUACGCUGGCCCACUUCAUGGUGCCCUGCUCCACCGCCCUGCCAAGCAUCAGCACCGGGCUUCCCGGCCAUGGUGACAGGGAAACGGGUAGUCAUCAGAGGGUGGCCAGGGUACUGCCCCAGGUCUACCUGCCCAUGGAGAGACACAGUGCUGCCCACCAUCACCUCCAGCCCAUGUUCAUCCUGGAGCCCUCAGGACUGCUGCAUACACAGCUAGUCACUGUGCGAGGUCUGAACCCAGGCCUUAUCCAGUACCCCUCCUCCAGACUGGAAGGCCUGGCCACGUUGGGCCCCCACAGGCCCCUGGGUCGGACCCGGUCUGAGCCCCCACUGCCCUCUCAUCAGCAGCACCAGCUACUGCAGCAGAACCACAAUCUGCUGCUGGAGAGACUCAAACAGAACACACACCUGGACCAGCCUCGUCUCACACAGAUCCCCUCGGAGGACACGGACCCAGAGGAGACCAGGUCAGGGGAGUGGGAUGGAUACCAGAGAAGUAGAAAGAGUGGAACCAGCAGCUCUGAGUCAAUGUGGGACACAGAGUCCUCACGAGACAGCCAUGGGGAACAUAUCAGGAAAUACACACCUCUGAUGAAUCAGUCAUUCCAUUGGGAGCAGUCCAGGGACCUUCAGGUCCUGACAGAAAGGCGCAGACAGGUGACCUACCUGGACCCCCUGGGUGUGCCUGUGGUUCUUGGCCCUUCCCACCGCCCCCUUGGCCGCGCAAAGUCCUCCCCUGCCUCCACCUCUCUUCCCCCUCCUCCACAGCCCACAGACACCCCGCUGUCUCUGGCCAGCACUGGUCCGGAGACCCCCACCAAGCUACGAUUCACCACUGGUCUGGUGUAUGACUCUCAGAUGCUAAAGCACCAGUGCACCUGUGGCGACAACAGCCGACACCCAGAGCAUGCUGGGAGAAUCCAGAGCAUCUGGUCCAGAUUGCAAGAAAGAGGCCUCAGGAACCAGUGUGAGUGUAUCCGUAGCAGGAAGGCCUCUCUGGAGGAGCUUCAGUCUGUCCACUCCGAGAAGCACAUCCUGCUGUAUGGCACCAACCCACUCAAAUUGGACAACCGGAUCUUAUCUCAAAGGAUGUUUGUGAUGCUACGAUGUGGAGGAGUUGGGGUGGACAAUGAUACGAUCUGGAACGAGAUGCACACAUCAACGGCGUCUCGCUUGGCAGCAGGCAGUGUGACGGAGCUGGCACUCAGGGUGGCACAGGGAGAGCUGAAGAAUGGCUUUGCAGUGGUGAGGCCCCCUGGACAUCAUGCAGCCCACUCUACCCCCUUGGGUUUCUGCUUCUUCAACUCCGUGGCCAUCGCAGCCAAGCAGCUCCAGCACAAACUCAGCGUCAGCAAGAUCCUCAUUGUGGACUGGGAUGUUCACCAUGGGAACGGUACCCAGUCGGUCUUCUACAACGACCCCAGCGUGCUGUACAUCUCCUUGCAUCGCUAUGACAACGGCAAAUUCUUCCCCGGUAGCGGGGACCCAGCUGAGGUGGGAGUAGGAGCAGGUGAGGGGUUCAAUGUCAACGUGGCGUGGACGGGAGGCUUGGACCCCCCCAUGGGCGAUGCAGAAUACCUAGCAGCAUUCAGGACUGUGGUGAUGCCGAUUGCCUAUGAGUUCUGUCCUGACGUGGUGCUGGUCUCAUCUGGUUUCGAUGCCGUCGAGGGACAUCUGGCGCCACUGGGGGGCUACAAAGUGUCAGCCAAGUGUUUUGGUAUUCUGACACGUCAGCUGAUGGGGCUGGCGGGGGGACGGGUUGUCAUGGCGCUGGAGGGGGGUCACGAGCUCACGGCCAUCUGCAAUGCCUCUGAGGCCUGUGUCAGGGCCCUGCUGGGCAUCCAGGUGGAACCCCUGUCUGAAGCAGUCCUGGAGAGGAGACCCUGUCCCAACGCUGUCUUCUCUCUGCAGAGAGUCAUCCAGGCCCAGGGUGAGUACUGGCGGUCGUUGAGGGAGGUGGCCCACACAGUGGAUCAGUCCUACAUGCAGGCCCAAGGACACAGUCGGAAACGUGGCUCAGAGGACCACAAUGACACCGUCUCUGCCCUGGCCUCUCUCUCCAUGGCCAGCCUCACCACAAACAGGACACACCCAGAUGAAUUUAUGGAGGGGGACAGUGACUCCAUGUAGACAACUGCACUUUCCGACAAACCUAUCACACACACACACACACACACACACACACACACACACACACACACACACACACACACACACACACACACACACACACACACACACACACACACACACACACACACACACACACACACACACACACACACACACACAGUGAUCCACUAGGCCCUGCUUCACUUGACCAGAAUCCACCGUCUCUAGUUGACACUGUACAGACCUUAUCCUGACCACUAUAGGCAAACUGAGUAGCUUCCGCCUCACACACUCUUACACCUCAUCAGAACACAGUUCUACUAGCCUUACUAUGACUACUCGCCUGCCUCGACCGCAACUCAACUGCACACUGAUAACACGUCCCGUUAACAGGGUACAGGAGGACCAAGAGAGAGGAGAAUGAACACGGUCUUCAUGACAACAUGCCUCUGCAUGCCUCCCUGGUGUGUAACAUUGUGAACUGUGAGGACACAGAAGGAGCAGACCUGAGCAUAAACUGGAGGGGUUAAGAUAUACCGUUAUAAACACCAUCGGGGGGGAGGGGUUAAGAUAUACCGUUAUAAACACCAUCGGGGGGGAGGGGUUAAGACUUGACUUGUAGCAUGAAGUGACUUGACAAAGACCAGCUACAUGACUGGCUGUAAGCAGAGUCUCUCUGGGGAAGUGAGCUACUUUUUUAGCCUUCGGUCACAGGUUACCGCGGCGCAUCGCCAGGCCGACACAACCGAAUCACAGAGAAGUAGGAAGUAGUCCUACUAUGAAGGAGAACAGACAUUGCACCCUGACCGGGGGGACACGUGCGGAGUGUCUCUUAUUGAUCAUGUCAUUUGAAUUUAUGUGCCGCCAACAAAAAGAAGAAAAAGAAAGAAGACUGGGAAUUUUGUUCUGAUUUUUUUGCACUGUGUAUUUUGUAAUGUGAACCAAAGAGAGAAUGACAAAAUGGACCAUGUUGAAGCUCUCCUGGGAUUGACAAUAAAACAUGUAAAUGAUCAUACUCAUGUUUUUAAGCUGAUUUAAAUAUUGUAAGUUUGAUUUAUUGAGUAUUGUAUAUCAAAUGUCAAUACAUAAUGGUCAUGUUUUUUAAGUAGCAAAUAGAGAAGGCCUAGAACCCUAUGAUUCAGAGAUUUUGUAGUUGUUUUUCUUCCAAUGUAAAAGUGGGGUGUAUGACUCCCUCUCAGACAGCACUUAAGGAAAAGAUGAAGCCCCAAAAAAGUAUUAUUUAUAUCUCAAGUCGAUGGCAUCCUCAUUCUUUGUCAUUCUAAUGAUAACAUUUCUUAGGAAAUGAAUCCUAUGACUCACUGAGACAAUUCAGGAAACCACUUGUUAGUGAGAGAGGAGUCAGAUUAAACAGAGUCAGAUUAAACGUUCCAAAGGUGUUUCAGGCAAGGACAUUUUAUUUAUAUGAUUAUGGAGCUUUUAUUUGUUUGCUUUUGAGGAAACUAAUAGGCUCUUCUUUUGGUGCAUCAUUGACUAGUAUUAGUUUGUACAUUACUACUCUACGCUCGGCCACACACAAAGUGUUUAUGCAUGUGUUUGUAAAUCACUGCAUUUACAUGUUGUCAGCAGGGUAUUUCAAUGUAAUGAAGGUAAAGUACAACUAAUGGUGCUGGGUUCAAGGCAGAUUAAUAAAACAGUUGAACUGACUUCAUAGUCUUAAACUAUGACUGGCACUUAAAAAGAAAAGACCAGUUUUUUAACAUGUGGAUUUAUUGACAUGCCUGUUGUAUUUGUAUAUUUGAUAGGCUGUAUUUUUUUAUGCUUAGUUUUCUACUAUGAAAGACAAGUGAACUAGGAUUUGUUCACAUCAGAUUGUCUACCACUCGAGUUACAAAUAAAGUCAGGUAUUUUUGUUCCUGGACCAUACUGCAGUUAGCAUAUAAUAUUUGAAGUUAGCACUUAGUUGUUGGAGUCACCUUGUUAAGCUAGCUGACUAUAGUAUGUAGAACAAUUCAACACAGGUUGAGAGGAGACAAAGUUAAAAGCCUUCUGUGAACAGCAUCCCAUCCGUAAAGUGCUAUGGCCUCUGAACAUAACUUCAAAGACUUUUGUGAAUUCCUGAUUGUAUUUCUAUUUAAACAGAGGUUUUUGUUCUUAAUAUCAAAAAAGAUAGAUAAAAAAACUGCUUACAUUUCUUGUUAGCACUUUCCAUUAAAUAAUGAGUUAUUUGUUACCCAUUUAAUGUUAUUGCAAUGCCUUGCUUAUGUAUCGUGUUAAAAAUAUAUAUAUAUCUGACAGUGCUACAGAUUAAUUUGUACUUUAAUGUUGUAUUGUUCCAGUACUUUUUGGUGCUUUAUAAUAUACAUUAUAGAACCAAUACUUUACAUGACAAGACCCUGCAAGAGGUGUAUGGUAUUUGACAUUGACAUGGUGAAAAGGUGAUUAUUGAUAAUGACACAAUACAUUUGACUAUGAUUAUGUGGAAGAAAAUGGCCACCAUGUAUUAUUAAUUUUCUUUCAGAAGGGUCCUGUGUUAUAUUUUAUUCUGGUUUAGGUUUAUUUCUGCUUUAAUGAAGUACUUUUGAGAACAUUUAUGUUCUGUAUAUGUAAAUACAUUUUGUUGAGAAUCGACAAGCCCUUUAAUUUUCUUAAUAUGAUUAUUGCUCUGUUGUAGAAUAGAUAGUUACCUGUAGAUGUCUACUGAGACCAAAAUACAGAUAUCCUCCUAUGUGCCUUGAAAUAUAGUGACAAACCUUUUCUCACUUUGUCUUUACUGUUUUUUUAUUUGUACAUGUAAAUGUACAGUGAGAACUUGGUAUUUUUGUUUUUUCUUCUUUUUUAACUGUUUUCCCCAAUAAAAGAGAAAUAAAGUUUUCUCAACAUA